CAGGAACAAAGACUCCGAAGGAGUUCAUGUCAUCGGCCGCCGCGGCAUCGCCGGCCCUCAUCAUAUGUCAUUUUCGUUCGAUAGGUGGUCGAGAGGGCGCGUUCCCGGUGUGCCCUCUGGUGCUGGAGCUGCAGCUGCUGUGCCACGGGAGAGAUGACGUCCAGUUCAAACCAAUGCCGUUCAUGGAGGCUGGUGUGUGCAGUGCAGAGCCUCGCACCAGAGAGGCAGACAAGUGAAUGCUGUGAGCACUGUGCCUUGAAGCUUCUGACUGUGCUGCUUGUCUGAUCUGAUCAGGCGGCCAUGCAUUGCCCUUCGGCAUCAGUCGGCAGGCCGUCAUCUCGGCCUCGUCACUUUACGGUCAGCCGGGGACAUUCACUCAUUGUCAGACACAAACGGAUGCCUGGGCCCGGCCCGGGUGUGUGUAUGUGUGUGCAGAGCAUGUGCAGGAGAUGAUGUCCGCCAGUCCGUCAGCCAAGAAGGAUGGCGGCCUCGCCAUCGAGGAGAGCGGUGACGUGGCCUUCUCGGUCAUGGUGGACGAGAUAGACCGCGUCAUCCACCACCUCAUAUGGGCCGACGCCGACUUGUUCUCGUCCUUCACGGCCCCCCUGCUGCUCAAGUCCAUCCCCUGGCCCCUCUCGUGGUGGUCGGUGGCCCACGCACGGCUGGCGGCGUCGGUGCAGGGUGGGGGAGCGGUGGUGGCCGACGAGCUGCACGACAUCCUCAUCGCUCUCGAGAGGCGGCUGAGGGCGCCUGUGGGGCGGCAGCUUGAGGCGAGGGUCUUCUCACGGCUGGCCAUCCUGUUCUCGCUGCCUUUCCCCUCGUCGAGCCCCGUGCCGGCGGUGUUGCGGUCCAAGCACGGCCUGGUGCAGUUCUGCGACUCGGUGCUCAAGAGGCAGCCGGCCCUGUGGCCCAACAGGGCCACUUUCCUGCGGGGCGCAAUGCCCCCGCGGGAGGGCAGGAAGGCCAAGGAGGGGCAAGAGGGCGGCGGUAGAACGUGCCGUCCACUAUCGAAAGAUACAUUGUCACAGGGGAUGUGUUAGAGUGACUGAAUGAGGUCCUAGCUGCUCUUAGUGGGAUGGGAGCGCGUGUGUGCGCACACUGGGUAUGUCAUGUGUCCCUUCGCCUCUGUCAGUUGAGAGAGGUGACAACGGCUGGUUGACAAUGCUUCUCACUGGCUGAACAGGCUGUACUGAUUGUGUCUGCAUGCAUAGGUGUGUGUGGGCUGAUGUGUGAG